UCAUCGCGCACUCGCACACAGUCACUAUCUCGAGCUGCUGGGUGAUUUAUUUUGUUUUAUUUAAAGGAGGCAAACGACAAUACCUCUGUCAUCUUUGGCAUUUUCUGGUUUCAAAACAAACCUCUGCAAAGCGCCAUGUGGAUUUACAAAAUGCUGCUCUGUGUGGCUGUUUUAGUUUACUCAGAAACUAAGCGGCAUGCUCUGCAAGACUACGAGAAGACUGAUGGCGUGCGCUUGGUCACGCCACAUGAUUUGUCAUACAUGUCUAAAGGAUGCAAGAUGGGCGUGGGAAAGUGUGCACGUCGCUGUAGUCGCAACAGGAAGCUCCAGUUCACCUGCAGAGCAUUCAGCUUUGAUCAGAAAAGUGCAAAGUGUCAUUUACUCUCCUACGACAGCCUCACCGUUGGUGUCCGCUUGGAGAAUGACUCCAACUUCAAUCUCUAUGAGAAGAAAGACUUUGUGAGAGAAUGCAUCGUUGGCAAUGGCCUGAACUACAAAGGGAAGAGAUCAGCGACCAAGAGCGGAGUCCAGUGCCAGCACUGGAAUUCAAAAACUCCUCAUGAACACAAUUUCUUACCCCAGAGGAACAAGCACAGAGAUCUGCGGGAGAAUUUAUGUCGUAACCCAGACAACACCACAACAGGUCCUUGGUGCUUCACCACAGACCCGAAACUACGACACCAGGACUGCAGCAUCCCGCAGUGCUCGGAGGUGGAAUGUAUGACGUGUAACGGAGAAAGUUACCGUGGACCCAUGGACCACACGGAGAGUGGACGGGAAUGCCAGCGCUGGGACCUUGAGGAACCACACAAACACCUUUUCCACCCCAAAAGGUACCCCGAUAAAGGUCUAAAGGACAACUACUGCAGGAACCCAGACGGGCGCCAGAGACCCUGGUGUUACACCACCGAUCCCAGCAUGCCAUGGGAGUACUGUAAAAUCAAACAGUGUGACUCAAACACUGGCGUUGACAUUGACAACACAACGGCUUGCUUUCGUGGACGUGGUGAGGAUUAUCGUGGAACGGAGGGCAUCACCCCCGAGGGAGUGACCUGCCAAAGGUGGGACGCCCAGUUUCCCCAUCGCCACGACUACACGCCCCAAAACUACCACUGCAAGGAUCUCAGAGAGAACUACUGUAGGAAUCCUAAUGGUAGUCAUCUCCCAUGGUGCUUCACUACUGACCCCAAUGUACCAGUGGCGUUCUGCACCAACAUCCCUCGCUGUGAAGUCACAGCCCCUGCACCUGAAGAGUGUUAUACGGGCAUUGGCAACAUGUACAAUGGCAAACGUGCAAAAACCCGCUCAGGCGUCACCUGUGCUCCAUGGAAAGACUGCAGUGAAAGUAAAGAAAGAGAUGUAGACUUGCUGACGGCUGUACAGGCAGGGAACUUCUGCAGAAAUCCAGACAUGGACAAACACGGCCCGUGGUGUUUUACAAACAGUUCUUCAAUCCCCUGGGACUACUGCUCCCUCGAACCCUGUGAGCCUUCACAAAACAAUCUGCCACAAAAAGCUGAGGUGACAAAGACCUCGUGUUUUGUUCAUAAGCAGGUGAGAAUCGUUGGUGGGGGUCCUGUACCGAUUGAAGAAGGCAGCUGGAUGGUCAGCAUACAGAAGGGGAGCACUCACUGGUGCGGGGGAUCUCUGGUCAGGGAGGAGUGGGUGCUGACAGACAGACAGUGCUUCUCGUCAUGCGUGCCUGACCUAUCAGAGUACAGAGUUUGGCUCGGUACAGCCCAUUUGAACGAAUCGGGUGAGAAUGACAUCAACAGGCAGGAGAGACGAAUCUCAAAUGUCAUCUGUGGCCCUGAAGGCUCUAGUCUUGCCCUGCUGCGACUAACUAAACCGGCACUCCCGAGAGAGCAUGUGAGGAUUAUUCAGCUGCCCGUGGCUGACUGCAGCAUUCAGGAGGACACCAUAUGCUCUGUGUACGGCUGGGGUGAGACCAAAGGCACCGGGCACGAGAAAACACUGAAGAUGGUUCACUUGCCCAUAAUAGGCAACGGACGAUGCCAACAGCUUCACAAAGGAGCUAUUCCAAUCACCAGUUCCAAACUGUGUGCUGGAGGAAGAAGGGAUGAAGGAGUGUGUGAUAAAGACUAUGGAGGCCCGCUAGUAUGCCAAGAGAGUAACAGUAAAGUCAUUGUGGGCGUGAGCAUAAAUGGCAGAGGAUGUGGCCGACACAACCGACCUGCCAUUUUUGAGAACGUGGCCUUCUAUACUGGAUGGAUCCACAAAGUAUUCAAACAUUACCCCAACUCGGAACUAAACUACUGAUGCUGAACUUUUUAAGAUCACAUGAGCAGGAUGGAAAAUCAUCAAAAUGCAAGAAUUCCCAUGAAAGCCAAUAUAGCUUGGAUUUCAAAUAAGUUUCUCUCUGAACAGCUCGUGUUGGAAAAAAAAAAAAAAUAUUCAAAACUUUCUCAGCUUGGCUGUGAAACAUGUAUUCAGAGCUCUGGCUGAAACUGUUGCUCUGAAUUCAAGCAAUCUCUACAUCUAAUAAUGCCAGAACCGCAGAGCGAGGCACUGAGAGACAGAUUCUCUGAAGGCUAAAUUUGCAACUAGCCAUACGGAAAGAUAAAGACUACUGGAGUGAAGUAUGGACAUGCAGUCAGAAUCUGUUUCAAGAAUCAAUAGCAAUUCCUGGCCACCUUGAAGAGAAAUCUUGAGCGUGCAUUCAUUUGUACAUACGACCCAUGCAUUGCCUACAGUAUUAAAGAAACAAGUUGGACUUCAGUUUGGAUGUUGAAAUCAGAGACUUGAGAACCUAGUUUGAGUCUGGAUUCAGACCAGGACUUUAUAUGUGGUUACCAGCUCUGUGAUCUCCUUGAAUCCCAACAGGAAUCUGCCCUUUCCAUCCUUCAAAACGAUUCAAAAUUGACUAAUGUACCUGCAACAUAUUUCAGACACUCCUUAUACAGAUAAAGGACUGUAAUGUUUAUAAGUUCACAUUGAUGUAUAACUCUCAUUAACAGUGUUAUCCAUAAAGCCAUAAGCAUAUUGUGUCCAGACUAAAUGUAGAGUAUCUUAAUGCUUUUACACUCCUGAUAAUACUUGAAAACAUACAUGGAAGAAAUCACUGUCCCUUAUUUACACUUCCUCCGUUACACAAUUUUAUGCAGUCAUAGGUGUUCCAUCAGUUUCCAUUGUGGAUAUUUUCUUCACAGUCCUGCAGCUUGUAAUGACAUGCAGUUAAAAUCAUAUUUGUUAUAACAUAUCAGCAUCUGAGGCUCCAAAAAUACCCCAUGUUUGCUUUAGAGCGGAAUUCAGAGGAGGGUUUGGAAAUGUGUGUUGUAAAUACUGUGGUCAUGGGAGUGCGCAAAUCACUCCCAGUUCAGUUGUAGGUCUCAUAGACCUUUAUAAGAUGUUAGGGCACAGUGGCCUCCUCCAUUCCAGUGUUGUUUUGUCUCAUUGGGUGGUUUUAUAUAUUUGUAAAUAUAUUUGUAUUAAAUGCACAUUUUGGCAGUAAAUGAGUGGAUAAAACCCACCAAAUGGUAACACUUUACAGUGCAUUCGGUGCCAUAAAAUCACAAUGAGCAAUAUGUGUUUUAAGCAUUUAUUGACCUUGAUUACUGUAAUACAAUAGUUCAAGUUAGUUCGUAAUGCACUGAUAGGGGUUUUCAAACGUUGUGAUGCCAAGGAACCCCAAAUAUAAUGAUCCCCUUGCGAGGGACCUUCUUCCAGCUUUAUAUGUUCACAUAUUUUUUUUCUCCCCUUUUUCUCCCCAAUUUGGAAUGCCCAAUUCCCACUACUUAGCAGGUCCUCGUGGUGGCACAGUUACCUCAAUCCAGGUGGCGGAGGACAAGUCUCAGUUCCCUUCGCUUCUGAGGCCGUCAAUCCGCGCAUCUUAUCAUGUGACUCAUUGUGCAUGACACCGCGGAGACUCGCAGCAUGUGGAGGCUUAUGCUACUCUCUGCGAUCCACGCACAACUCAUCACGCAUUCCACUGAGAGCGAGAACCACUAAUCGCGACCACGAGGAGGUUACCCCAUGUGACUCUACCCUCCCUAGCAACCAGGCCAAUUUGGUUGCUUAGGAGACCUGGCUGGAGUCACUCAGCACACCCUGGAUUCAAACUCGUGACUCCAGGGGUGAUAGUGAGCAUCAAUACUCGGCCCCACUAUAAAGACCCAUUUAAACUGUGUGAGAAAAUUAGUAAGUGUGAUAUCAUAAAGACAACAUGAUGUUUACAAAAGUAAACAAUUGGCUUUUAUAGUAUCAUUGUACUAAAACCAAAAUAUUUCAGACUGAAUAACGUCUUAAAUUUUGUUCUGUUAAUUGCACAAAUUUAUCGUAUUGCUUCAGAAGACUUGGAAUAUACUCCAGUACAUGAGCCGUAUACUUUUACUGUGGUUUUAUUUUAAUUUUAAAAUAUUUUUUUUUGGGUCCUAUUUCAAGCUUGACAGACCAGAGUCACUAUUCACAUGCAUUAUGACAAAUACACCUUUUAAAAAUUAACCACUUAAAAAAGACAGAAAUAAAGGGGGCUCAUGGCGAAAAUCCUCGAAAUGAAAUUUUCUUUUUUUUAUUUGUAGCAUCUGAUAUAAUAUUUUUAAUAUUCUGGUCCUAGUGAUGCAUUUCACCUCUUGUUAAUGUUAAUGGAAUAUUCCGGGUUCAAUAGCAACAGCAUUUGUGGCAUAAUGUUGAUUACCACAAAAAUCAAUUUCAACUCGUCCCUCCUUUUCUUUAAUAAAAGCACAAAUGUGUGUUCCAGUGAGACACUUACAAUGGAAGUCAAUGGGUCAAUCUGUAAACAUUAAAAUGCUGUUUCAAAAGUAUAGCAACAAGACAUAAACAAUAUGUGUGUUAACAUGAUUUUACUGUCAUAAAAUCACUUACUAACCACAUCUGUGGAAAGUUAUAGACAAUUUUACAACUUAUUGCCAUGAAGAAUUAAUAUCAACAAACCCCUUAAACUGUAAAAUGACUGUAAAAAUGAUGAUUUAAAGAACUGUACAGCUCAAAUAAAACAUGAGUUUGAACAUAAUAAUUAAUGUAAGUGCUUUUAUAAAAUUAUAAUCUUCACAUUUCUGACAUUAAACCCUCUAAAAAUUGCUGCCAUUGACUUCCAUUGUAAGUGUCUCACUGGAACACACAUUUGUGCUUUUUUUAAAGAAAAGGAGGGACGAGUCGAAAUUAUUUUUUCUGGUAAUUAACAUUAUGCAACAAUUUGGACCGUGAUUGUUGGUGCCAGCUGGGCUGGUUUGAGUAUUUCUGUAACUGCUGAUCUCCUGGGACCUCCUGGGAACAGUCUCCAGAAUUUAAUCCGAAUGGUGCCAAAAACAAAAAAACAUCCAGUGAGGGGCAGUUCUGUGGAUGAAUACACUUGUUGAUGAGAAAGAUCAACAGAGAAUGGCCAGACUGGUUUGAACUCAGAUUUUAGACAGGUGCUUUUAAUGUUGUGGCUGAUCAGUGUGUGUGUGUAUAUAUAUAUAUAUAUAUAUAUA